GAAUCGUAUUGUGAACUGGACGGGUUCGCCGACUGGUGGGCCGCAUAUAAACUUCUGGUUGUUAUACUAAAACGCCGGACAAACAGCAUUUUAAUUCUUGUGGAAAUGAGGAGAUAUGGAAGAAAGUUCUUUUGACAACAAAUAUGAAGUAAUUGGCGAUGCAAUUGGGCAGUAAGUAAAAAUUAAACUUAUAUUCCUAUAUUAUCGUAACAUUUGUUUACGCGUAUAACUGACAUUCAUUUCCGUAACUUUACUUUAUUUACAAUCAAAUUAAAUCAUUAAGCCAUAUAGUCGAACGAAUUUUUAAAAAGAAGCGAUAAUUAACUAUUAAAUUCUUUUAUUUUUUCGCUAACAACUCUAUAACUUUGAUAUUGGAAAGUGUUCUAUUGUUAUUCUUUUUUACGUGUAAAAAAUGGUAUUGUUAGAGAGAAAUUACAAUUUGGUAUUUCCAUGAUUAAUCGUUCAAAAAGAUACUAUUAUAAUGCAUCUAUUCCUAAUUAAAUAGUCGGUAAUGUGUUAGUCACGAAUGAAAUUUUAGUUUAUAAAAAUUGAGAGCACCUAAGUGAAAGUAAAACUGACAUAAAUUAAUGGAUUGGUUUAAGUAUGAUUCUCUCCAACAAUAAAUCACAUGCAUAUAUAAGAAAAUCGGCCAAAAUAGCAUUAACUGAUUGUUAUGUGAAAAAAAAUUCCUGUUUUCAUUGUAUUCCUACAUAAAACAGCUCAUUAUUUAUGAAAAUAAUUCUCUGCCUUUUUAUUAGUGAUAUAUAUUACAGCAUUGUAUAUGUAUAUACAUAUCAAUUUGAUAGAUAAAAAAAGGCUAUUAUAUAAUACGAUUGCUCAUAAUUCUGAUUGUUAUAUUUUUCAGCGGUCAUUUCGCCACUGUUUAUAAAUGUCGUGAGAAAUCUACAAACAACUUCUAUGCUGCUAAACGGAUACGACAUGCAAGAAAUACUUUAUCUAAAUCCGGCGCCCAGCAGUCCGAUAUAGACAGAGAAAUAAGCACGUUAAAAUCUUUAGAUCAUCCUAAUAUUAUAAAGCUCUACGAUGUUUUUGCUGAUGUAAAAUCUAUUGGUAGAAAUGGCAAAGUUUGUGGUAAAGAGACUAUACUUAUCCUUGAACUGGUAGAAGGUGGAGAACUAUUUAAAAAAAUAUGUGAAGAGGAAGUUGCUUGCGAGGUGGAUGCUAUUUAUUACUUGCGUCAAAUUUUGGCAGGUCUCAAGCAUAUGCAUUCAAGAAAUAUUAUACAUUUGGAUAUAAAACCAGAAAAUAUAAUGCUAGAUAAAAAUGGUGAAAAUGUUAAAAUAAUAGAUUUUGGUUUGGCUAGAGAUUUAUUACACGAUUCAAAUAUUGAUUAUCGCAUGGCUGGAACAGUUCCGUACUUCGCUCCUGAGAGAAUAAAUGCAGAUCCUGUAUCACCUUACGCGGAUAUGUGGAGUUUGGGUGUUGUUGCUUGCAUUUUAUUGACUGGAGUAAAUCCAUUCGAAUGCACUGAUCAAGAUUUGCCAUUAAAAACGAGACAACAAGAAACUACAUCUAAUAUAACAAAAGGAGAAAUAGAUUUAGAAUCAGAAUAUUUUGAUUCUACCAGUGAAAAUGGACAAGAUUUUAUUAAGAAUCUCCUAUGCCCAAAUGCAAACGAUAGAAUGUCCGCUGAAGAGUGUUUACAGCAUCCAUGGAUGGUUGAUGAAAUUCCGACAAAUCAUAAACGUCGUAGCUCUCAAUUAAAUGUUAAGAAUCUACGAUCUUUUAUGGCUAAGGAAAGAUGGAAGAGUGCUGUCUACUCCAUUAGGGAAUGUUUAACCAUCAAUAAACGCCUUAGUUUGCCUACACACCUAAUAGAAAAUCAUAAGCUAUGUGUAGGAAUUAAAAAUAUGAAGGAAAUGUUAUACGUGAUUGAGGAAGAAGAAGACUAUGAUUUGGAUGAGGCAGGAAUCGAUACGGACGACGAUGACUGCAACGUAGUUAGUCGGGCUUUAUUCAGCGCCGCGCGACAAGGAAAUUUGGACGAUUUAAAAAACUUAUUGGCGACAGCUACUUCUUUGGAUAUUCAUCAAAAAAAUCGACACGGCGAAAGCAUUAUGCAUUUAGCUUGCAGCUCAGGAGGAGUUAAAAUCGUAGAUUUUUUGCGACAGAAAGGUGUCGAUUUUGAUGUACGUGAUCAAAAUGGUGACAAUUUAGCCUAUUGGUCAGCGAGACAGGGCCAUGUAGAAAUCUUAAAAUUCUUAAAAGAAAACGGCGUAGAUUUGAACGGAGAAAACGAUGUUGGAGAGACGCCCUUACAUGUUGCAGCAAGAUAUGGUCAUUCUGAUGUCGUAGAAAUGCUUUUAGAAGCGGAUUGUGACGUUAAUAAGCAAGAUAAAUUGGGUGAGACUCCUCUUCAUAACGCAGUUUUCCAUGCCCUUCCAUCAAUUUGUAGGAAAUUGAUAAAAGGCGGUGCGGAGAUUCACAUUCCGAAUAAAGAUUUGGAGACACCCUUACACAUAGGAUCCUAUAGGGGAAAUGUUCACUGUGUCGAAGUAUUGCUUCAAAAUGGAGCUAAAUCCAUGCCAAAUGAAGACGGGAAGACGCCAUUAGAUUUAGCUUGCCAUCGCAAGCACGUAAAUGUGGCGUUGACUCUUUUGCAUUCUGAUUGCGAGUUCGGCGAAUCUGCUUUAUUUACAGCUAUUCAAGAAGAUCUUUUGCCUGUUAUUCAAACCAUGUGCGCUUUUGGGUGUAAAGUAAAUAUUCGCAACAAAGAAGGGCUAACUCCUCUCAAUCUUGCAUCUAAAUUAGGUAAUGUUGAGGCUGUUAGGUGCCUCCUCUUGUCAGCAGCUGAUUUAGAAGAAGAAAUAAAACCAAAAGAAUUACAAAUUGCUGAAUUAUUCGAUAAGGUCAAUACAAUCGAGAAGAGGCAAUAUUUCACACGUCAAUUAAUGCCUGGAAAAGAACCUCUCAAUAGAAUAAAAGUAAAAAUAUUUGGUAAUAAUUCUGUCGGAAAAACAACAUUGAUAGAUUCUUUAAAAUGUGGACUAUUUACUGGUUUUCUACGACGCUCUAAAUUUGUUGUAAGCACAAGAGGAAUUGAUGUCCAACAGACUUCAAUAAAUGGUGCUGGAGAUGUAAGUUUGUGGGAAUUUUCCGGUAAUGAAAGCUAUUACCAUUAUUAUGAUCAUUUUAUUGGAGAUCCAAAUUGUGUACAUUUGAUCGUCUUUAAGCUAACGGAUACUGCAAGCAUUUACACAAAACAGGUUCUUUUCUGGCUUGACCACAUCAAAUCUCGAUUUCCAAUUCUCCAACCAAUUUUACACUCCGGAAGUCAAUUAAUACGCGGAAGAGUGGCGCUGGUAGCCACUCACGCAGAUCGUUCACCCGCACCUAAAGCCGUACUUUUUCAAAUGAUGUCAAAUCUCUUAUCGACGGUUGACAGACUUUAUUCAGCCGAUUUCUUGAUUCACCCGGGCAUUUUUAUGGUUGAUUGUUUGUCGGCAAAUUCCCCAGGUCUGAAGAAUAUUCGAACUUAUAUUGGGGAUGCGAAAGAGGACAUUACACAGUUGAUACUUAGGCCAAACGCUUUUUACGAAACAGUCUUAUCUGUCUUGCCUACUCUUAGAAAAAGUACAUCAAAAUAUGGUUGGAGCGAAUUUCUUAUGGUGACUAGAGAUUUAAACCCUUUAGCCAGUGAAGAGCAUGUAAGACAAGUUGUAACUCUUUUGCAAUUGGCUGGGGAGGUCGUCUAUGUAGAAGGAGACGACGAUGACUAUGUUAUUCUUCAGCCGAGAUGGCUCUGUGAUUUAUUGUCAUCAGACGCUCAUACUGAUUUAAAAGCUUUGAAAUUUCUUGAGAUAUUAGGACUUUGUGCCGAAGUCUCUGAAGAUAAUUUCGAAUUUCCCAAUAAAAACUCUUCAUGCAUUAGAUUGGAAGACACAUGGAAGAGAAAACAAUAUGAUGUUUACGGGGGUUUGCGCCUUAUACCCACAGGCGUCUUAUUAAAUCAUAUGUUCUCUCGAGUACAAGUUGUUCUAAGGAAAUUUUGUAAAUCAUCAGGCCUCGAUUUGACUCAAUGGUUAAAUAGUUCAAAGGUGUCUUCGGUUGAUGUGGAAUUGCUAAUAACAUCUAGAAACAACUCAAUAGACUUGCAAAUGAGAUCCAAUGAUUACAAAUUUUCUUUCCUAGAUGACAUUUGCAAAAUUGUUGAGAAGACUAUACUGUCUAUCUGUCCAGGCUGCCAUCUCUCAAGAAAUCCUCUAUCACCACAUUCUCUUAAAAACUAUCAAGAACCCAAGUUUUAUCAUACAUCUGAAAUUCUCAAGGCACAGCUAGAAGAUUUAGAAGUCUUAAAAUACAACAGAAUAGAAGAAGAUUACGCUCAUGUUGUUUGUCUAGGAGAUAGCGUAGUAAUAACUCCUGGAGUGCAUUUGAAUGCUUCAGCUUUACCUUUAAUAGCUAAAAGACGAUUAGCCCAACUGCUAGAUCCACCGGAUAGUCAAGGUAGAGAUUGGUGUCUACUAGCUGUUGAACUGGGACUAGAAGAAACUCUGCCAUCAAUAGACAAGAUACCAGGAAAAUCUCCCCCGUCUAGAACUAUUCGCUGUCUUGACGAAUGGGUAAAAAAUGAGCCACUUUCUGCUACUAUUUCCAAACUAAUAGAAAAGCUAGUAAAACUCGGAAGAGAGGAUGCUGUGAACACUAUUUUACAAAUGGCUCCAUUGUAUAGUGUGUUAGAUGACGAGAGACUAACGUAUACUUAA